GUUCCCGCUCGUAACGAGACGAAUGUAUUCGAUGAUCAGCCAUAUCCUUCCCUGUAUUUUUAUUUAGUUAUUCAAAGAAGAACAUUAUAUUACGGUCUGAAUUUAAUUAUUCCUUCGCUUCUCAUAUCUCUCAUGACGGUUCUAGGAUUUACUCUGCCCCCAGACGCAGGAGAGAAAAUCACUUUGGGUAGGUAUGUUUUGCAGCCUGAAGCCUUCUUUUCCCAGCAAGUAUUCAUUACAUAUCGUCUACCGUGUUUUUUUUUCACUGAGAUAUCAGAAUCCGUUCCCGCUCGUAACGAGACGAAUGUAUUCGAUGAUCAGCCAUAUCCUUCCCUGUAUUUUUAUUUAGUUAUUCAAAGAAGAACAUUAUAUUACGGUCUGAAUUUAAUUAUUCCUUCGCUUCUCAUAUCUCUCAUGACGGUUCUAGGAUUUACUCUGCCCCCAGACGCAGGAGAGAAAAUCACUUUGGGUAGGUAUGUUUUGCAGCCUGAAGCCUUCUUUUCCCAGCAAGUAUUCAUUACAUAUCGUCUACACUUUUUUUUACUAGAUAUCAGAACGUAUUUGAUUAAUAUUCCUUCAGAAAUCACCAUACUUCUAUCUGUUUGCUUUUUCCUCAGCAUGGUUGCCGACAUGACUCCACCUACUUCCGAAGCUGUGCCAUUGAUUGGUGCAUUUUUCUCAUGUUGUAUGUUGGUGGUCUCGGCAUCAGUUGUAUUCACCGUACUCGUUCUCAACCUGCACAACAGAAAACCAGAAACUCAUGAAAUGAGCCCAUUUUUACGAGAGUGCUUAUUGAUCUGGCUCCCAUGGAUUCUUAUGAUGCGCCGCCCUGGCACCACUGUAUUCAAUCGUCGAGAAAUAAAAGCGAGAAAGGCCGAAGACAUGGCGAAGAGAACAGAAACGCGAAAUGGUCGAUCUACAGAGGGAGUCAUGACGGCGACCGACAGUCUUACACUCAUCAGAAGUAUACGAGCUGGAAAAAAUGAUCAUCAGAAUAUCGAACUGGGACAUCUAACAACUGGUGAUCCACCAUGGAGAGAAAUGCCCAUAAUAGCAUUGCCAAACGUCGCUUAUUCGGAAUCAAACAAGGGUCACAGAAGAACCACCGGUCAUACAAAACAAGCGCUACGAUUCAGAUGCAAAGACAAAUCCAACGACGAGCAAGCAGAAAACGAUUGGAAAUUCGCUGCGAUGGUUGUGGAUCGAUUAUGUCUAUUUAUUUUCACCAUAUUCAUUGUUGUUUCAACAUGCGGUAUCAUGUUCAGCUCGCCACAUCUGAUCGCUUGA